GACCAGGCCGAACCGGGGAUACACUGGACACUACACAUACACAACAAACAUUAAUAAAAGGGCGGACAUGUUACCCCGUAAUACUUUUGAAACCCAAGGCGCAAUUUACUUACAAUUUUAUCCUAUGAGGAUUUAUGUUGAAUGUCCUCCGUAUUUUAAGUAGACACCCCCACUUCCGGUUGUACACUUCCGGUAUAUUAGCCAUGUGGUUUUGUUGACAAGCGAAGAAGUCGUAUUUGUCUUGAAUUUAGGCGAUACCAGAUGUUUUAAACAUGUCUCGGAUUAUUGUCAAGAAUCUACCAAAAGGGACCAAGGACGAGAAACUGAGAGAGCUGUUCAGUCAGAAGGGGGAGGUGACAGAUCUGUCCAUGAAAUACACAAAAAAUGGCGUCUUCAGGAAUUUUGCCUUUAUUGGUUUCAAAUCAGAGAAGUCAGCACUUCAGGCCAUCAAGCAUUUCAACAACACCUACUUUAAUAGCACAAAGAUGCAGGUGGAACUUGCAAAAGAUUUUGGUGACAAGACCAAACCACGAGCUUGGAGUAAAUAUUCUUCAGAGAGCUCCUCCAAUCAGAAGAAGGCCAAGGCCGGAACGGCAGGAGAGAAACAAGCUGCAGGGACAGACAAGAAACUGGCUGGUGUGGAGAGGAAGAAGAAGGCCAAAGACGAGAAAAUGAAAGAAUUUCUUGGUGAACUCGGGGAUGAUCCAGAGUUCAAAGAGUUCCUGGAAGUUCAUGAAAACUCAUCGAGGAAAAGCACAUGGAGCAAUGACACGAGUCAAGCAGCAGUUGCCUCCCCUGACAAACAGAUGAAGAAACGCAAUGAUGUCACCUUUGAUGACGAAAGUAGCAGCGGUGAAGAAGACAAAAGUGAAGACAGUGAUGAUGACACAAGUGAUGACAGAGACAAUGAAAAAGAUGUGAAGCAGUCGAAACCCGCUGCAAAGACGGCGCUGUCCGAUCUGGAGUAUUUGAAGACGAUGAUGACGUCAUCCGUACUUCUAAGUGAAUCUGAUGACUCAGACGAAGAGUACAAAGAAGAUACUAAAUCAAAGAAACAGAAACUUGUUGAAGGCAAAGUGAAGAAGAAGAAAAAGGGUUCCAAGCCAGAUAGCUCAGAUGCAGCGGAAGACGAUUCAGGGAAGACAACCACUCCUAGACAGGUUGAAGAUAAGCCGAGAUAUGUUGCAAAGAUCCGAGGGCUGUAUGGGAAAUACAAUGAGAAAUUGAUCAAAGAGUUCUUCCAACCUCUAAGCACUGUGUCGAUCAAGUUGCCCAGAAAUGCUCGCAAGAACCUCAUCGGUGUUGCCUUUGUUGAGUUCACCUGUGCCAAAGAUUUGGAUCAAGCUUUGAGGAAAAACAAAUCCUUGAUCAAUGGCAAGCGGAUCAGCAUGAAGAGGACUCAGGAAGAGGCUGACCUCAAGGUCACCGAGCAUGAACCCAGAGCAUGGGAACUAAAAAUACAACAAGACCGGGCGGAGGAGGAUGAAGGUAUAGCUGAGUCCGGGAGGCUGUUUGUGCGGAACCUGGCGUACUGCUGUACAGAGGAUGAUAUACAUGCUUUGUUUAACGAAUAUGGUCCCCUGACAGACGUGAGUGUUCCAGUUGAUCCAUUCACCCACAAGAUCAAGGGUUUUGCACAUGUGACAUUCAUGAUGCCAGAGCAUGCUGUGAAGGGUUUUGUGGCGCUGGAUGGAACCGUCUUCCAGGGGCGAAUGUUACACAUCCUUCCUGGAAAACCCAAGCCAGAAGACAUCGAAAUAACAGAAAAAACAUCUUUUAAGAAGAAAAAAGAAGCAGAACAGAAGUCUAUGGCUAAAAGUUCCCACAACUGGAACACCAUGUUUAUUGGCGCCAAUGCCGUGGCCGACACUAUGGCGGAGAGAUACGGCACCAGCAAGAGUCAGAUCCUUGAUGCUAGCGGGAAGGAGAGCCUGGGGGUGAGGAUGGCGCUUGGUGAGACACAGAUCGUGUCGGAGACGAGGGAUUUCCUGCUUGACAACGGUGUCAGUCUGGACAGCUUCAGUCAGGCCGCCGCUCCCCGCAGUAAGACUGUCAUCCUGGCCAAGAACCUCCCGGCUGGAACCAAUGAGCUGGAACUACGGGAGAAGUUUGAGAAGUAUGGAACUCUGGGAAGAUUCCUUCUGCCGCCAGCCAGAGUCUCUGCGCUCAUUGAGUUCCUGGAACCAGCGCAGGCUCGGUCUGCCUUCACCAAACUGGCAUACACAAAGUUCCAGUACCUGCCUCUGUACCUGGAGUGGGCGCCUGUCGGGGUGUUCACCACGGAGUACAAGGCACCACCAACAGAGGAGAUGGAGGAAGAAGAGGAAGAGACAGAGAAAGAACCUACAGCAGUAGACAAAGAAGAAAUUAAAAAAGUGGUUACGGAGGAAGGUGAAUCUGAUGACGAAGAUGAGGAAGAGCGUACCCCAGGCUGUACCCUGUUUGUGAAGAACCUCAACUUCGAUACGACGGAAGAAGACUUUAAGACGAUGUUCGAGAGAUGUGGAAAUGUAAAAUAUGCGACGAUAUCCAAAAAGAAGGACUUCAAAAAUCCAGGUGAGUUUCUGUCGAUGGGGUACGGUUUUGUGGAAUACACGAGGAAGUCAAGUGCAGACAAAGCAUUGAAGACAUUGCAACAUGCGAGUCUGGACGACCAUCAGCUGGAACUGAAGAUCUCCAACAGAGAGACCACCGUCACAAAAGAGUCCAACAAGAAAAAACAGAAAAGCACCAAGCAGAAAUCAUCCAAGAUACUUGUCCGAAAUAUUCCAUUCGAAGUCACACGGAACGAAAUCUAUGAACUGUUCAAAGUGUUUGGUGAGCUCAAGACUGUCCGGCUGCCCAAGAAGCUGAGCGGAACGGGAUCACAUCGAGGAUUUGGGUUUGUCGACUUCCUCACCCGACCUGAUGCCAAGAGGGCCUUCAAUGCUCUGUGUCAUAGCACCCACUUGUUUGGGCGUCGCCUCGUCCUGGAGUGGGCGGAGGCUGAGGAGACAGUGGAUGAUCUGCGGAGGAAGACGGCGGAGAGGUUCCAUGAUGAUGGGCCCUCCAAGAAACUGAGGAAGUCCUCCAUCAUGGAGGACCUGGCACCAUCCUGAGCCUGACUGCAGCCUGCCGAGGUUCAGUGUACAUAGACUGUACAGAAACCCGUGAGGAAGUGUAUACGUGUACAUAGACUGUAUCAGAAACCUGUGAGGGAGCGUAUACGUGUACAUAGACUGUAUCAGAAAUAAACUCGAAUGUGAA